UCCGGUCAGGCCCGCGGGCGGCAUGGGGCGGGUGCAGCUCUUCCAGAUCCGCUUGAGCCACGGCCGCGUCGUCUACAGCCCGGGGGAGCCGCUGGCAGGGGCCGUGCACGUGUGCCUGGGGGCGCCUCUGCCCUUCCGAGCCAUUCGGGUGAGCUGCACGGGCGCCUGCAGGGUCUCCAGCAAGGCCAACGAUGCAUCGUGGAUGGUGGAGGAGGGCUACUUCAACAGCGCUCUGUCGCUGGCUGACAAAGGGAGCCUGCCUACUGGAGAGCACAACUUCCCCUUCCAGUUUCUGCUUCCUGCCACAGCACCCACGUCUUUCGAGGGCCCUUUUGGGAAGAUUGUGUACCAGGUGAGGGCCACCAUCGACACGCCACGUUUUUCUAAGGAUCACCAGUGCAGCUGUGUGUUCUACAUCUUGAGCCCCCUGAACCUGAACAGCAUCCCAGACAUCGAGCAACCCAAUGUGGCCUCCACCACCAAGAAGUUUUCCUACAAGCUGGUGAAGACGGGCAGCGUGGUCCUCACGGCCAGCACAGACCUGCGAGGCUAUGUGGUGGGACAGGUCCUGCGGCUGCAGGCUGACAUCGAGAACCAGUCGGGCAAGGACACCGGCCCUGUGGUGGCCAGUCUGCUGCAGAAAGUGUCCUAUAAGGCCAAGCGCUGGAUCUAUGACGUGCGGACCAUCGCGGAGGUGGAGGGCGCCGGAGUCAAGGCCUGGAGGCGGACGCAAUGGCAAGAGCAGAUUCUGGUGCCCGCCCUGCCCCAGUCAGCCUUGCCAGGCUGCACCCUCAUCCACGUGGACUACUACCUGCAGGUCUCCCUGAAGGCGCCUGAAGCCUCGGUGACCCUCCCGGUCUUCAUCGGCAAUAUCGCAGUGAACCAAGUUCCGCUGAGUCCCCAGCCGGGCCCUGGGCCACCUCCUGGGGCUCCGUCCUCAGUGGUGCCCUCUGCACCACCCCAGGAAGAGGCCGAGGCUGUGGCUCGCCACCCCCACUUCACAGACAAGAGGCACUCACAGCCAUUGCCGCCUGCCACCUUUGGUGCGGCGUCUGGCGCCCCUGAACCCUGUCCUCAGGGCGGCAGCCCUGCCUCCCACCCUCUGCCCCCUGCCUUGUGCAUCUCCACAGGUGCCACUGUGCCCUACUUCGCAGACGGGUCUGGAGGGCCAGUGCCCACCACCAGUACCUCGGUCCUGCCACCGGAGUACAGCUUGUGGGGCCACCCCUAUGAGGCCCCACCGUCCUAUGAACAGAGCUGCGGCAGUGCGGACCCCGGCCUGAUCCCCGGGAGCUGACCCCGUACUGCCUUCUCCGGGCUGGCUGACCUCUACCGUAGGACCGGGUGCCCAGGGCCUCGUGUCUUUGCUCCUGGCCUGGCCCGGCCCACUCAGGACUCGCUGGCCCCUCUGCCUCCUCCAGGCCACUUGCAGCCGGCCUCUCUCCGCCAGGGCUGGACAGACACGGUGUAA